UUUUUUCUUUUCUUUAUAUUUUUUGCCCAUUAUUCUCUAUUCUGUUAAUACCCAUCCAGACCCCAUACAUGUGCAUUUACUGUUCAUUGUUCUGUUAUUUUAGAUUGCAGGUCGUACUAUAGCUUGCACGAAUAUGCAACUAGCUUCAAAUGAUAAAUAUUACGAACCUGAUACGCAGUAUUUCGGCUCUUUUGCAAAUGAGAACCUAGAGCAAGCUGAAUGUAUAAAUGAUAAAUUCCAACAACAAAGUCAAGUUAUUCUGAUGGGCGACCUUGAGUGUGGACCAGCAAUUCCUUCAGCUGUGCCUACUAUUCGAGGAGAGCAUGAACCUUCAUACAUUGAAUUGACUACUCAGUUCAGUUCCCCAUAUGUAACUCUUGGUAUUACAACAAGUACUCGUUCAAGUUUAAUCUCAACACAUGUGAUGCAAAAGGGAUACAACGGUCAAAAUAGUUGCUCACAAGUUCUUGGCUAUUACGACGGAGUAGAAAUUUCGACUCAGUACGGCGUAAAAUGUACCAUUCCAUCUUAAUGCUGCAGAUUGUUGAAGAAUAUGACG